UACUGGUGCACCUACACGUUGUUUGCAACCGCAAAUAAAGCACCCCAAAGAAGAAGAAGAAGACAGCUGAUCGUGACGUCACUCGUCAACAUGGCGGACUGGAAUAGAGGACACGACUCUGUGGACGACAUGCUGGACGCUGAAAACAAGCGGCUGGCUGAGAACUUGGCCUCCAAAGUCUCCCGACUGAAAUCUCUUGCGUUUGACAUCGACAGAGAUGUGGAUGAUCAGAACGAGUAUCUGGAUGGCAUGGACUCAAACUUCAUGAGUGCGACCGGCCUGCUGAGCGGCAGCGUGAAGCGUUUCUCCACCAUGGUACGAUCCGGCAGAGACAACCGCCGCAUCCUCUGCUAUGUCUCCGGGGGCCUGGUCAUGGGCUUCUUCCUGCUCUACUACAUGAUCUCCAGGAUUCAACGCUGACAGGGAAACCAGAAGAACCUCCAGCUGGUCCUGAAACUGUGGACACUGACGUCAUAAUCAUCUGUGUGGUUGUCCUGCACAGAGAGAGACUCUUUUAUUCUGCACCAAAGAGAGACUGCAAACAUUUAGUUGAGUCCUUGAACAGACCAGCAGGAGAUGGUGGUCCUGGAUGUGGUUUUACCAAAGAUGCUGGUGUCUAUAGAAAAACAAACACUGAUGGGGGAUUGAAGGCUUUUCCACUUGGCACCAGCUUUGUCAUGUGGUUCCUGCUGCAGCCACAUGCAGAGAGAAGGUGGACCUGAGGGAGACUUGGGUUGAGGUGGCACUGAUCACAACUGAAUUUUAUAGGCUGGGGGACCUGAAAACCAAGAAAAACCUGCCCCACAGCAUGUGGUCCAUACAGAGGCCAGAGCCCAAAUCCUGUUUUCUACAAGGCCAGAGAUGUCUUAACAGACGACUCAAUAACUUUUAGGCUAUUUUAAAUAAAUAGCUGUUAUUAGUUUAUUUUUGUAAGGAAAUUAAAGAACCACAAAUGUGAAAAUCUCCCUGAUAGUGAUUAGAGAUAACAGAAAAGUCAAGGGAAAGAAAGGGUUAACACUUUAGUGAUUGAUUGGGGCAAAGCUACAGAAAAUAAUCAAACUUUAACUUGUUUUUCUUUUUGUUUAAGCUCAGUGUUUGUGGGUCUGUUCUGUUUCCUUUUAACAUUACAUAAUAAAUGUUUAUCUUUUGUUUUAUUAUAUAUAUUUUUUGUCUUUUCUGUUUAAGAAAUCUUUUCUAAAUGUGUUUACAUUCCAACUCAAGAUCAGAAAAUAUUUAUAAUAUUACUAGAAAGAUUAAAAGAAAGAAAGAAAAAGAGUUUGAAGACUGGAGCCGGUCGGGGUUCAUUGUUCUGAUUAUUAUUUGAAGUAUACUCAAAUCAAAUAUGGCUUUGGCUCAUUACAUCCUCAUUAAAGCAUAUAUUUUGUUGUCUUAAUCAAAGACUGGCUGUGAGAAAAUGAUAAGAUUUGUUUUAAAAUGAAAGAAUAAAAGAUGAUUUAUUCUAAAACUGA